GUCCGAGCUCGUCUCCGGUCACAACGGUCACAACCAUCUCGUCCGAGAGGUCGACGUUUGAAGGACCGCUCGAAACGCUUUGGGAAGAAUCUCGUGGGGCUUUUCAACCAGAAGCGACCGGCGAAGCACGGCGAGAGCUGGUCGCCGAUCCCAAACUCCUCAAGCGAAGAGGCCCUCAGCCCUGGAGGCGGCAACGACAAUGAUGCAAGCGUUGGCGAAACUCCUCCACAGAGUGCCUUCGUGGUGGAGAGUGGGGACCGCACUCUGCGAGCGAUGGCCGGGAAGCACGCAAGGGAUUUCGUUCCCGAACGGCUGCCUUGGCAGAUACUCUGCCGGAUGACGCGAGUUUGCCAACUCACCUGGGCCAUGUGCGGCGUGAUGGUCCUCCUGAAGGAGCUUGGCCUGGUUCAGGUGGACUUCCAGCAGGGCAGUGCUCGGGCCCUUGCUGCAGAGCUGGCGCUGGAGGAGGUGCGUUUGGACUGGCCCAAUGGCACUCUCUUUCUUCCGGCCAUGCUCCACUGCCCGGCUUCAUCCGUGGAGCCUCUGCUGCUCGCGAGCCCUACAUCUCUGUACCUGGGGAGUCACCUCCCGCAAGCUGAGGCAGUGCCUGUCCAGUUCGAGUUUCUUGCUGCUGUGCGGUGGCCACAGGGGGCGACGUGGCUCAGCACGGGAGAAGGCAGAGGCCACACCGGACUGGAACGCCUGGCGCUACUAGCACCCGGCAAGAGCGGCCUCAGGUGA